UCUGCUGGUCCUGCAUGCAGUGCAUCUGUGCCUUCACAGUCCCCUGCUGUCACCGGUUUGAGCUUCGUGUCUGAUCUUGCUGUUCCUCAGCGCAGGAAUGUGACACCUGUAGGCGGAUGUUUGUGGACCUGGUGGGUGGAGCGUAAGUGUGUCAUCUUACUAUUUCCUGAAGUCUUCAGAGGAAUUGUCAGCGACCCUGACAGAAAAAAGCCUCACUGUCAGACAGAAACCUCUCCUCACUCGUCCAACAUGGUCUGCAGGACAUUGUUUUGGAGGCUUGUGUUUGUGACGCUGAUGUUUGAUGCUCACAGAGCUGAGAAGUGUAUGGAGAUGACAGACCUGGACCUGAAGCAUUCUCUGACCGGGACGUCUUUGAAAGUGAGGUUACUGCUCUACACUCGGCUCAAUGUGUCCUGUGGUCAGCUGCUGUCCCACCAAGAGCCCUUCAGCAACCCUGGCUUCAACCUCAGCUCCCCGAGCACCUUCCUCAUCCACGGUUACCGGCCCACCGGCUCGCCCCCCAUCUGGCUCACAAAGUUCGUGCAGCUCCUCCUGGAGCGCCACGACAUGAACGUCAUCGUGGUGGACUGGAACCAUGGAGCCACCAACAUCAACUACUGGAAAGUGGUGGAUAACACACGCAAGGUGGCUGCAAACCUUACAGACCUCAUCCAGAAGAUGAAGGAGAAAGGGGCAGAUCUCGGCUCCAUACACAUGAUUGGUGUCAGUUUAGGGGCCCACAUCUCAGGGUUCACAGGGGCCAAUUUUAACGGCGGCAUUGGCAGGAUAACAGCGCUGGAUCCGGCGGGGCCCCAGUUUAACGGUCGGCCCGUCAGCGAGCGUCUCGACCCGUCUGAUGCACAGUUCGUGGAGGCGCUGCACACAGACAUGGACGCGCUGGGCUAUCGUGAUGUCCUGGGUCACAUCGAUUAUUACGCCAACGGUGGAGCGGAUCAGCCUGGAUGCCCCAGAACCAUCUUUUCAGGCUCGCAGUAUUUCAAGUGUGACCAUCAGAGGUCCGUGUUCCUCUACAUGAGCUCACUGAACGGCUCGUGUCCCAUCACUGCGUACCCCUGUGACUCCUACACACUCUUCCAGGACGGGAAGUGCAUGGACUGUGGGAGGUUCGCUCCGGACGGAUGCCCUGUUUUCGGUUAUGAUGCUGUGCGCUGGAGAAACCGUCUUCUGCAGCUGGGACAAACCAGGACUUACUUCCAAACGAAUAAAGAGUCGCCGUUCUGCAAGUUCGGUUACAAGGUUGAUAUUGUCACAUGGAACCAGAAAACACACUGGGGACAUUUAACCAUUAAACUGAGCGAUGGACAGAAAGAGACGCAAGUUGAGCUCAAUCAUAAGUCCCUGAUGUUUGAGAGGUUUGUGGAGAGCAGCGUUCUGGCUCAGUUUGAGCGAGACGUCCAGUCUGUGAAAGAGAUCACGCUCCGGUUCUGUACGGGGAAAGGACUCCGGCCGCGGACGAAACUACGGCUCCUGAGCAUCCGGCUCACUCCUCUCCAGAACCAGCUCAGGCCUCUGUGUCGCUAUGAUCUUCUGCUGAAGGAAAAUAAAGACGUGACGUUCAGACCGAUUCCCUGUGAAGACUUCAACUUCUGAUCGUCUCUCAGCGCAGCCUUUCAGAAAUGUGAUUUACAGUCUGUUGCUUGAGUCUCUUCGUGAAGACACAGCUACACUUUCUUAGAUUUUAUGUCAUGUAAAUAAAUAUUUUUU